CAUGUUUUUCCCAUUCGCGUGUUCAUGAAUGGUGUUCGUGAAUCAUAGAAGUAUGCAGUCCUCGGUAGAAUUACACCACAGGCAAAUAUGGAAAAUCUUGAAUUUGAACUCUUUUGUUUGGGACUUAUGCAAGGGAGAGUAAAUGCAGAUAAGCUUAGACGAAAUGAAUUGUCUGUGUGUCUUUUGUUCCGAAAAACAUUCCCGAGGGUGUCUCAAAAUGUCCCGUUACAGGUUGAAAUUGGAAUUUUUAUGUAAUUCAGUGGUCUAUUAUGAGACUUUUUUUUUUUGUUGCUAAACUGGGGGCAGUUAGGCCGAAUUACAUAAGGAAUCUGCGACUAAAGUGAAUACCAGCUAAGUCUUGCCAUAGGAGCUUAACACAACCCGGCGGUGGACUACUAAGAUAAUGAAUACCCGUAGGUAGAUUAAUAGCAUAACCUGCCAAGCUAUAAGUUGUUUCAUACAAGCUAUAAGUUGUUUCAUAAGCUAUCUUAGAGAACUUAUGAAAAUAAGCUGAAAACAGCUUAUGAACAAUAUCAUAAAACUGAUGAAGUGAAAGCAAUGCGAUUUUUCUAAGGUGUGUGGGAAUAAAUUAAGAGUUUCUUAUUGGUGAGCUUCAUCAUUGCUGUUGAGUGUUGAGUUUUGUACCAGGGCGUUUCUAUUGACACGACUUAGUCGUCCAAGUCUUCCCAUUUACACCGAAUUCCAAACAAAAUCAACAAGUUUUUGUGGAGUAUAUUCUAGUCUACUCAUUUUAAAGCUUGGUAUGUUGACCAAAUGUUAACUCAUUUGUUUUCAAGUGAAUACUUUAUAGUGUUCCGUGUAACUUGGAUGAUGGAAAUGAACAGAAAAUGGAGGGGCCAAAAGAAUAUAGGACCACAAAGGUAAUGUAGGGACAUGGGGGCUGCCACUAAGGAAGCAGACAAAAAUAUGCAGAUAUUUUUCUUUCUUUCCUUGCUAUUUCUACUCCAUUUUUUUCUUUUUUAUAUAUUACCAUUUUUCCUUUUCUGUUCUAAUACCUUCUAUAUUUAUGUUUAUAUGCAUAUUUUUGUUUUUAAUUUCCUUUUUCUAUACUGAUAUUUUGUAUCAAUUAAGUCUAUGGUUUUUGACUCUUGUCACCCUUUCCCUUUCCUUCCAUCAUCCAUGUCACACAGAAAACUAAAAAGUCUUGAUUGUGUUUUAAGUUUAGUAGACUAGAUCAUACAAUAAGUUUAGUAGACUAAGAUCAUACACCACAAACUUGUUGAUUGUGUUGACAAAUGCAACAAUUACCACGCACAUGGGAAGACUUGAUCGACUAAGUCAUGUCAAUUGAAUUUGGAAUUUGAUAAAAUGAGAAGGACGAAUAGAAACCAACACACACACAAUGGAGAACCAUAAUAAGGUGCUAUUGCUAAUUGUUUGUACUUUCUUAUUUUUCUCCAUGCCCACUUUCUCUAAACAAAACACACUUACUAUUAUUACUCCAAAUCAGUUUAUCCAAUACGGUGAUACGCUUGUUUCUGCAGCUGGAACCUUUGAAGCGGGAUUUUUCAAUUUUGGAGAUCCACAACGCCAAUACUUUGGUAUAUGGUACAAGAGCAUAUCACCGAGGACUAUUGUGUGGGUUGCCAAUAGAAACACCCCCAUACAAAACUCAACAGGAAUGCUGAAACUCACUGAUCAAGGAAGUCUUGUUAUUCUUGAUGGCUCUAAAGGCAUUAUCUGGAACUCCAAUUCAUCAAAAAUUGGAGUGAAACCAGUUGUUCAGCUUUUGGACUCCGGAAAUCUUGUUCUAAAAGUUGCAAACAACAUGGAGAACUUUUUGUGGGAAAGUUUUGAUUAUCCUGGUAACACUUUCCUUGCUGGAAUGAAGCUGAAAAGUAAUUUAGUUACUGGUCCAUAUAGAUAUCUCACAUCUUGGAGAAACCCUGAAGAUCCUGCGGAAGGUGAUUUUUCAUAUAGGAUAGACACACAUGGUUUUCCUCAACUGGUUACUGAAAAGGGAGCAAGACUCUUGUAUAGAGCCGGAUCAUGGAAUGGAUUUCUUUUCACUGGUGUUUCUUGGCAAAUAAUGCAUAGAGUCUUGAAUUUCUCAGUAGUGUUCUCUGACAAAGAAUUCUCUUAUCAAUAUGAAACUUUGAAAAGUUCAACUAUUACUAGAAUGGUGCUAGAUCCUUACGGAAAUUCACAACGUUUUGUAUGGUCAGAUAGGACACAAAUUUGGGAGGCUAUAGCUAAUCGGCCUGCAGACCAGUGUGAUAAUUAUGCUUUGUGUGGUAUCAACUCUAACUGCAAUAUUAAUGACUUUCCAAUAUGUGAAUGCUUGGAAGGUUUCGUGCCAAAAUUUCCCAAGGAAUGGAAGUCAUCAAAUUGGUCUGAUGGGUGUGUAAGGAAAACACCUUUAAAUUGUCUCCAUGGAGAUGGAUUUUUACCGUACACAAACAUGAAGUUGCCAGAUACAUCAGCAUCGUGGUUUGACAAGAGCUUGAGCCUUGAGGAAUGCAAGACAAUGUGUUUGAAAAACUGUUCUUGCACUGCAUAUGCAAAUUUAGAUAUCAGAAAUGGUGGUAAUGGCUGCUUACUUUGGUUCAACAAUAUUGUGGACAUGAGAAAACAUACGGACCUAGGACAGGAUAUUUAUGUACGACUCGCAUCUUCAGAACUUGAUCAUAAAAAGAAUAAGAGGAACAUGAAGCAUGCUGGGACUUUUGCAGGGAUUAUUGCAUUCCUUUUAGGAAUAACCCUUAUUGUAACGGUCACAUCAGCAUAUAGAAAGAAGCUUGGAUGUCGACAAAAGUUAUUUCACAAGAAGGAGAAGGAAGAUGGCGACUCGGCAACAAUAUUUGAUUUUUCGAUCAUCGCUAGUGCAACAAAUCACUUCUCCAACAGAAACAAGAUAGGAGAAGGUGGUUUCGGACCAGUGUACAUGGGCACAAUGGUAGAUGGCAGAGAGAUUGCUGUUAAGAGGCUUUCUAAAACAUCAGGACAAGGAAUUGAGGAGUUCAAAAAUGAAGUAAAGUUGAUGGCAACACUCCAACACCGGAAUCUUGUAAAACUUCUUGGUUGCUCUAUUCAACAGGAUGAAAAGCUGUUAAUCUAUGAAUUCAUGCCCAACCGAAGCUUGGAUAACUUUAUUUUUGAUACUAGGCGAAGCAAAUUUCUAGAUUGGACAAAGCGCUUGGAAAUUAUUGAUGGGAUUGCUCGGGGGCUGUUAUAUCUGCAUCAGGAUUCUACACUAAGAAUCAUACAUAGAGAUCUGAAGACAAGCAAUAUUCUUCUUGAUAUUGAUAUGAUCCCAAAGAUAGCAGAUUUUGGUUUAGCCAGAUCAUUUAUGGGAGACCAAGCCGAGGCUAAUACAAAUAGAGUCAUGGGAACAUAUGGAUAUAUGCCUCCAGAAUAUGCAGUGCAUGGAUCUUUCUCCAUAAAAUCUGAUGUGUUUAGCUUUGGAGUCGUUGUUCUUGAGAUAAUUAGCGGUAAGAAGAAUAGUGGAUUUUGUGACCCUCGACAUCGUCUAAACCUUCUUGGGCAUGCAUGGAGAUUAUGGAUUGAAGAAAAGCCAGAGGAGUUAAUAGCUGACAUAUUAUAUGAUGAGGCGAUAUGUUCAGAAAUAAUAAGAUUUAUUCAUGUGGGUCUAUUGUGUGUACAACAGCAACCAGAAAAUAGGCCUAACAUGUCAUCUGUGGUCUUUAUGUUAAAGGGUGAAAAGUUACUCCCCAAUCCAAGUGAACCCGGGUUCUAUGCAGGAAGAAAUAAUACAAAUAGCACCGGAUCUUCUUCAAACGGGUGUUCAAUAAAUGAAGCUUCAAUCUCAUUGUUAGAGGCCAGAUAGAAUGUCAUUGUGCUCGACACUGAUAUGGAUGAAAUACUGUUAAAUAUGUGCUAAAAUUUGGUCUUGGCAAUAAAGAUAGAUAGAGCAUAGAAUAUGCUUAUUGUAGCUAUCUGAUUUUGUGAUUUAUAAAGGAUCUAAUGUUUGGUUGUGUAGGUUGUUUUCAAAUAAUUUCAUGUAAUUACUUUGUGAGGUUGGAUUUACAUGUAACUUGGAGAGGCCAAAAA